AGUAAGUAGCCUUACAUAAGCGGGAGGAAGCUCCACUGUAGCGCAACGCCCAAGCGGCGAUGAGCGUGAGCUCUCUUGCUUUCCAUCAACAAGCUCCGGAUUCGCUCUCUGCUCCAUCCAUCAGUGUGCAGAGACCUCAUUAAUACGCUGUCUGCUGCCGUAUUUGAGAUUAUAAGCAGCUUCCACGAACCUUUCAAUCCUACCUUUUUACUUUCCUCGCCCAAACCGAGACCAACUCGCCAGGUACCCGUCAGAAAUGGUGAAAGAAGGCGAGAGCUCAGCUCCCGCCGACAAGGGCAAGGGCAAGGUUGAUGAUGUGAAAGAUCUGCCUGGAGCGAAGAAGACACAGAAUGACGAGAAGACACAAGCGAAUGGGAAAAAGAAGGAAGAGGAGUCGAAGGAAGAGGAACUCAGCGAAGAAGAUCAGCAGUUGAAGAGCGAACUUGAGAUGCUCGUCGAGAGAUUAAAGGAACCGGAUACGUCGCUCUACGCUCCUGCCUUAGAUGCGAUCAAGAAUUUCAUAAAGACCUCGACUUCUUCUAUGACCGCUGUGCCCAAACCCCUCAAAUUUCUUAGACCGCACUACGAUGAGCUGACAGAGCUCUACGAGAAGUGGUCGGCAGGCGCUGUCAAGGACUCGCUGGCGGAUAUGCUGUCUGUCCUCGGUAUGACGUACGGGGACGAAGAGAAGCUCGAGACCCUGAAAUAUCGCCUUCUCACCAAGGCAGAAGAUCUCGGCUCGUGGGGUCACGAAUAUAUUAGGCAUCUGGCUCUGGAGAUUGGCCAAGAGUACCAAAACAGGUUGAACGCAGAGAAAGAUGUACAGGACCUGAUCGAUCUCUCAUUGUCGCUUGUCCCCUACUUCCUGAGUCAUAAUGCCGAAGCCGAUGCUGUUGACCUCCUCAGUGAGCUGGAGAUCAUCGAGGAGAUCCCCCGCUUUCUCGACGAAAACAAUUACUCAAGAGUCUGUCUGUAUAUGGUCAGCAUGGUCAACCUCCUCACCUAUCCUGAAGAUCAGCAGUUCCUCCGGACGGCGCACGAGAUCUAUGUCCGCUACAAGGAGCUCACAAAAGCAAUCGUACUUGCCAUUCGACUAAACGACACAGAUCUUAUCAAGAGUGACAUCAACGCUACUUCUGAUCCAGUGCUCAAGAAUCAAAUGGCUUUCCUGGUCGCCAGACAGCAGAUUUGGCUCGAUAUGCCUGAAGAGGAGGAGAACGCAUCCUUCAUGGACUGUCUUAACAAUACAUCGAUCUCCAAGCAUUUCAAAUCCCUGGGCAAAGAGCUUGAUAUCCUUGAACCCAAGAAUCCGGAAGACAUUUACAAGACGCACCUGGAAAGCAGCCGAGGCGCUGGUUUGACAAAUGUUGACUCCGCGAGACAUAAUCUGGCAAGCGCGUUCGUGAACGCUUUUGUCAAUGCUGGUUUCGGUAAAGACAACCUGAUGCUAGGAGACGAUGACAAGGGAAGUUGGAUCUGGAAGACAAAGGACGAUGGCAUGCUGUCGACAACAGCGUCUUUCGGCAUGCUCUUGUCGAAGGACACCGACUCUGGUUUGGACAGAAUUGACAAGUUUACCUAUGCCACCGAGGAGCAAAUCAAGGCCGGUGCUUUGCUGGGCACAGGUAUGAUCGGUUCGGGCGUACGAUUAGAGGCGGAUCCCGUCCUGGCUCUCCUGGGCGAUCCCGAAGUUUGGCAAGAAAAGAGCGUACCGGUCAGAGUUGCUGCCAUCAUGGGUCUUGGUCUGGCCUACGCCGGCUCCAAUAAGGAGGAGCUCCUGGAAAUCCUGCUUCCCGUCGUUGAAGAUGUCUCCCUGGAUAUGCAACUCUCGGCAAUGGCGGCUGUCUCACUAGGUCUUAUUUUCGUUGGCUCUUCGAAUCAUCAAGUCAGCGAAGCCAUUGCUACGACCUUGAUGGAUGAGGAGCGACAGAAGCAUCUGAAAGACAAGUGGACCCGCUUCAUGGCUCUUGGUUUGGCCCUACUGUACUUCGGCCGCCAGGAGGAGGUCGACGUCGUUCUCGACAUUCUCAAGGCCGUCGACCACCCAAUGGCCAAACCAACCUCCGUUCUUGCUUCUGUCUGUGCCUGGGCAGGAACUGGCACAGUGUUGAAGCUGCAGGAACUUCUUCACAUUUGUAAUGACCUUAUUGAAGAGAACGAUGAGAAGAAAGGAGAUGAACUUGUCCAAUCCUACGCUGUCUUGGGUCUGUCUCUCAUCGCUAUGGGCGAGGAAGUCGGACAGGACAUGAUUCUCAGACAGUUCGGUCACCUCAUGCACUACGGUGCCAGCAACAUCCGAAAGGCUGUCCCACUUGCGAUGGGUCUGAUCAGCCCCAGCAACCCGCAGAUGAAGGUCUACGAUACACUGUCGCGGUACAGCCACGACAAUGACAAUGAUGUCGCCAUCAACGCGAUUUUCGCCAUGGGUCUCUGUGGAGCAGGUACCAACAAUGCCCGUCUUGCGCAGUUGCUGAGGCAAUUGGCAAGCUACUACCACCGUGACCAAAACUCAUUGUUCAUGGUCCGCAUCGCGCAGGGUCUUCUUCACAUGGGUAAGGGCACGAUGACCCUGAACCCAUUCCACACCGACCGCCAGGUCCUUUCCCGCGUAUCAGCCGCUGGCCUACUCACUGUCGUUGUAUCUUUGAUCGACGCCAAACAAUUCAUUCUUGCCGAACAUCACUACCUCCUCUACUUCCUUAUCACCGCCAUGUACCCACGAUUCCUCGUUACGCUGGACGAGGACCUCCAACCACUCACCGUGAACGUACGUGUGGGUCAGGCUGUGGAUGUGGUUGGCCAAGCUGGUCGUCCCAAGACGAUCACCGGCUGGCAGACACAGAGCACACCUGUUCUUCUGUCCUACGGUGAAAGAGCAGAGCUGGAGGAUGAACAAUACAUUCCCCUUAGCAGCACCCUUGAAGGCCUUGUGAUCUUACGAAAGAACCCUGAUUGGCAAGAGAAUUCCGCUUGAUUGAAACGAUGAUUCGAAACGCUUCUUUUGCAAGUUGGGCCGGGUGCGGGGCCGACCAUAUAGCGACCGAUGAGGUUGGAUUUAAUGUAUUUGAAACCGAAUCGACAAAUAUCAUGCCACGAUCUAGUUCUAGACUAUAAGCGACUGGAUGGUUCCCGAUGUAACUCAACAUGUAACUAGGUCUCGCGGAGGCGGAUCAUAUACAAUUACACAUAAAUCCGAAGGCAGCAGAACGCGGAUGAUGUUCUUUCACGGAUCGCGCGGUUUACACCGGGUGUGGCACCAAUCAAAAGAAAUACUAUCAUUCAUCUAUUAGUAUUUAGAG